UGUCGCUGGCUGUCCAGCUAUUUAAAAUUAAGGACAACUUCAACUUUGUUUUUCUUUUCUUAAAUUAAUGACGUUUACCUUGUUCGAUGGAAGUUUGGUAGACAGCGCCAUUCCCAGAAAACGUUGCAACCAAAGGGACACCAUUUUACAGUACACAAAUAUGGCGUGUAAAAUCCGAUGUUUAUUCGAUUUAGAAGUUAUUUCAUAGUUUUAUUCAACAGUUAUAAAUAUAGAAGCUGUGAAACUAUGUUUACGUGGCUAUGUUGCGUGCAUUCUAGAACUUCAAUGCGAUGGUGUUAACUUUCGAGUAAAAGACAGGCAUCCCCUUGGUCUAUGGUUUGAAAAAUAAUUUAGUCAUAACUUCCAAAUUGAAUUAACAACAAUUCAACGAAUAUCACACGCCAUGUCCUUUCCCCGGGUUCCCCUGGUGCCAGGGCCCAAUAGCUAUUUUGACUAUUGGCCCCCGAAAUCCGGGGACCAAUCAUGCAUAUUUUUCCUAAAUAAAUAGAGCAAUGUAUUUUGUAUAUAUUACCUACACAGAGCAAAGAUAUUCAUUUACUAAUUACUAUGCUAUUGCUAUUACUCUGGUUGAAUGCCUGGCCGCUUGGUGGCGUUCGAGUUCGUCGAGGACGCAUAUAGAUUUAUUUCAAAGUGGCAACGCCGACUUGAUUCGAAUUUCUGCCGUUAACGACUUGUGGCAUUAAUUCAAAGGCAUCAUCUGCAUUACUGCAUCAGAAGAAAACCCUUCGUAAUUAUUUCGGUUGUCGGUUCUACAAGGAUUUCAACUUACAGUAAUCUUGCUUACAUUGCACAAAUUCAUUUAAACUUAGUUGAGGACUCUACUCUGCUUUCUUGCUAUUUUACCAACGGUUGCCACUUACGCCUCAACCAAACAAAGAAAUGGCUAGCAAGAUACCCGGUUUUACUUCGGGACUGAAACCCCCUUCGACUUCCUCUUCUUUAUCUAAUCUUGCCAAACGACGAGGUCCAGAGGUGUCAACAGUACAACCAAUUGAAAAGCGUCCAAGAACAACAGAUGAUGCUUCAACCACAGCUAGUAGCCACCAGUCAUCGAGUACAUUGAUUCGUUCAAAAUCAGUCACUAACUUGGCCACUACUGGGCAAAAUGGAAAAUCAACAACUGUGGGUAGGGGUUUAUCGACAGCCCUCAAACCUCAUGCAUCUUCAACUCUUGGCCGCACAGCUGCCCGUGACAUUACUAAAAAGGCAGACUCUAUUUCAAAUGCCAUCACCAACAAGGGUGUUAAACCCAAACCUCUAACUCUGGAAAGUAGGAUGAUAAUUAUCGAAAAGCGCCUUGGAGAGUUGGAAACCGAAAAUGCCGAGAAGAAGGAUACCAUCACUGUGUUAGACUCUACCAAUAAGAACCUCGAGGUCCACAUUAAGGACAAGGAAAGUGCAGUGAAUAUUUUGUCAGAUGAAAUCGACACUUUGAAGAGUAAAAUUAGGGGCUUAGAGAUGUCGAGUGCCACUGAAAAAUCUCUGCUGGAAAAUAAGAUUCGAGAAUUGGAGUUCCAUAAAGGUCUUAUUGAGCGUGAGAGGACUAGUCUGGAAGGUGAACUAAUCGCCUCUCAGAAAGAAGUUGUUGGAUUAAAAUGCUCAAUGGCUGAGAUGAGCUCAGCCUCCGCUGGUCUUCGCGCGGAAUUGGAGUCUCUUCAGCGCCACUUAACAAUCGAACAAGCUGACAAUGCUAGGUUAAGAAAUGAUGUGUCUGUGGCAACAGCAGAAAUUCAAGACUUACAAGCUCGACUUCGGCAAGAAGAAACUCAAAGACGUCUACUACACAACACAGUUCAAGAACUGAAAGGCAACAUCCGCGUAUUUUGCCGAAUCCGACCCAUCAUUCCUUCGGACAAAUUGCCCGGAGGAAAAAUCGCGCAUUUAAACGUCUUACACGAUAAGUCUCUGGAAGUACACAAACUGAAUGCUGACAUGACUUUGAAUGAAAGCUCAAUGAAUGCUCCUGCAAGUGGCAAAGGACCUUCAAAAAUCGACUUCAAUUUUGAUCGAGUGUUUGGUCCUAAUGCAACUCAACAGCAAGUUUUCGAUGAGAUUUCUCAACUUAUUCAAUCGGCGUUGGACGGUUACAACGUUUGCAUUUUUGCCUACGGGCAAACCGGUUCUGGCAAAACUUUUACUAUGGAAGGCGGAACUGCUGGGUCUGAAUCAGACGGGAUGAUUCCACGCUCUGUGCGUUUAAUUUUUGCUGCUUGUGAGUCCCUUCGAGCCAAAGGUUGGGCUUACAAGAUCGAAGCUUCUUUUUUGGAGAUCUACAAUGAACAAAUCCGCGAUCUACUCGGUCCUUCUGGAGGAGUUCACGAUAUUCGAAUCGUCAACAAUGAAACUGUCGUCACGAAUCUUAAGGUUGAAGAGGUUACAAACGAACAACAGGUACAAAACUUACUUGCCAGGGCUCAGCAACAGCGUGCCGUCGCUUCAACCAGUUGCAACGAGCAUUCUUCUCGCAGCCAUAGUGUUCUGCGUCUGAAAUUGACAGGAGUUAAUGCGGAUACUACUGAGACUUCGAACGGAGUCCUUUACAUGGUUGAUCUAGCGGGUUCAGAGCGCCUCAAGGAGUCUGGUGCCACGGGUGACAGAUUGACCGAGACGAAGCACAUUAACAAAUCUCUUUCAAAUCUUGGCAACGUGAUCAUGGCACUUGCAGCCAAGGAAAGCCAUAUCCCAUACCGUAACUCAAAACUUACUUUACUACUUCAGCAAGCAUUGGGUGGCAGUGCUAAAACGCUUAUGUUCGUUAAUGUUUCUCCCAAAGAAAAUCAUAUUAAUGAGACCGUUAACUCUUUGCGAUUCGCCGCCAAAGUGAAUGCAUGUCACAUUGGAACCGCCAUGAAAAAUAGUUAAACAUUCUCUUUUGGCUAAGCAUUUGAACUUACACUUAACGAACAAGAUUGCAAUUACCCUCUUUUAUUAGUAGUCUAAAAUUUUGUCCUUUUUGAAAAAUACAUUAAUUUACUAGA